AUGUCAGAAUUGACCUCAAUUACUUUGCCACAAUCGGUUCCAUUUCCAGUGACAGUAACAUCCAUUUUAUGUAGGCAAGGAGAAACUGUUCCUAAGCAUCAAACACUAUUCAAAUAUAAGUAUUGGGAUUACCAAGAUGACCCUAAUUCUAAAGAAGAAAUACCACCUAAGAUUCGUGUGGAGCGUAUUGGAACUUAUGAGAGCCCAAUUGAAGGAGAGGUGAGUAGUAUAAAUGUAUCUGUGAGUGACGAAAUUGCCCACAGCGGUGUUGAAUUAUGUUUUAUUAAAGAGCCUUGCGCCCAUGCCGUCCAAUACGGGGGCCUAUGUGCAUUGUGCGGCAAAGCAGUGGAGGACGAGAAGGACUAUUCAGGAUAUAAUUACGAAGACAGGGCAACCAUUUCUAUGUCUCAUGACAAUACAGGAUUGAAAAUAAGUCUCGAUGAAGCAACAAAAAUUGAACAUAGUACAACUGACAGAUUAAGUCGUGAGAAGAAGUUGAUUUUGGUUGUUGAUUUAGAUCAGACUGUAAUUCAUGCGACUGUUGACCCAACGGUCGGAGAGUGGCAACUGGACCCAUCUAAUCCAAACUAUCCAGCAGUGAAAGACGUCAAAAGUUUCUGCUUGGAAGAAGACCCUAUUGCGCCACCAGGGUGGACAGGACCCAAAUUGGCUCCAACAAAAUGUUGGUAUUAUGUUAAAUUAAGGCCAGGAUUGGAGGAGUUUUUGCGACUGGCAUCAGAUCUUUAUGAAAUGCAUAUAUAUACGAUGGCUACGAGGAAUUAUGCAUUAGCUAUUGCGAAAAUUAUUGAUCCCGAAGGAGAAUAUUUUGGUGAUAGAAUAUUAAGUCGUGAUGAAAGUGGAUCCUUGACACAUAAGAACUUGAAGAGACUUUUUCCAGUUGAUCAAUCUAUGGUUGUAAUAAUCGAUGACAGAGGCGAUGUAUGGCAAUGGGAAAGCAACUUAAUUAAAGUUGUCCCUUACGAUUUCUUCGUUGGAAUUGGUGAUAUUAAUUCCAGCUUUUUACCGAAGAAGUUCGGUCAAUUAACUGGUCCGACUAAGAAAAGAAAAUCAAUCGCCAAGCUAGAAGCUCUUGAAAAUGAAAAGAAUUCUACUGACGAUGAAGAAUCUGAGUCUAAUGAAAACGAUGAUGAGGCUAAUGAAGAGGAUGAUAGCACGAGCCAGGAAAAUGACACUCCAUCUUCGUCACCGGUGGAUAGAAUAUUAGAAAUGGGAGGCGGAGAAGACAAUGCAAACUUACUUAUGGAACAAUCUAUAAGUAGGAAUAUGUCGUUGGAACAACAACAACAUGAUAGACCUUUAGCAAAGUUACAGCAUGAUUUGGACAAAAUUCAUGAACACGAUUCGCAUUCUGCAUCUGGUUCAAGCUCACCAGAAGAAAGCGAUGGUGAUAAAAAAGAAGAUGAGGACGAGGAAGAAGAAAAUUUAUUGUACGAUGAUGAUAAUGAGUUGUACACAUUAAAAAAGGCAUUAGUCAGAAUACAUUCAGAAUAUUACAAAAUAUUGGAUGCAAACAAAAUAAAAAGUCCGCAUUUAAAGCCAGAUUUAACUCAUAUUAUUCCAUUUUUAAAGAGUAAAUGCUUAGAAGGUAUAACAAUUCUAUUCUCUGGGAUUUUGCCAUUAGGUAUAAACUUGGACACUGCUGAUAUUGUUAUUUGGUGCAAACAGUUUGGUGUCAAGGUAGUGAAUGAAGUUUAUCCGGAGGUGACACAUGUUGUAUGUAGGGAUCCGAAUGCAAAUUCAUUUAAGUCAGGUCCAACGUUCAAAGUGAGGGUUGCAAAAAAGAUUUUACCGAAUGUGAAAAUUGUGAACCCAGAUUGGCUAUUUGCUUGUUUGAGUGCCUGGAGCAAGGUAGAUGAAACAGAAUAUUUAAUCGGAAGCAACGAGGAUAGUUGGUACCUAGAAGACAAGGAUCUUAAAAAGUACCAAAAGGGAUUAGAAGCCCAAAAACAAAAACAACUCAACACAAUAGCGAGCAGACCAAGAUUUGACUCUAUCGGCUCAGUAGAAGAGUAUGACUUGGAUAAUGCGAACCAAGAAGUCGAUGAUUUCUUGGCAGGAAUAAGUGAAGAUGAAAACUCUGAAAAGGAUGAUGAUAACGAUAAUGACGACGACAACGAGAAUGAUGACACGGAUAACGACAAAGCCGAAGUCAGUAAGCAGUUCGAUUCAUUUAUUAAAGACGCAUACAAAGCUAAUAAAAAGAGAGUUCUAGAGGUUGACGAAGACACUUCCUCGUAUCAAGAUGCUACAUCUAAGAAACAAAAGACUAACCAAGACCAACCAGAGAGUGAUGUGGACUUAGACGAACUCGAAAAGGAACUCUUGGAUGGUUUCGAUGACAUGGAAGAAACCAACGCAUGA